AUGCCUGCUGUAACAUCYAUCAGUUCGGAUGAAGAUGAAGAAGCGUCCGUUCGCGUACAAUCGUCGAAGAAAUUUAAAAAAGUGGUUACCGAAAGAACGGAGUUUCUAAAGAAAGCAACCGAGCAUUUGGGGACAUCCAAAAAACAAGUGGAUGAAGCAGAAACUUACGCAAAGGCAUGGGCUUGCAUGUUCAGGCAAAUGAAACCAGAGCAGCAACUUUUUGCAAAGCAAGCAGUAGACGAAGUAAUGCUGUUGGGCCGAUUUGGAAAAUUAUGUUUCAAUUAUCUGAACAGUCCUUCAAGCUCACCAAAUUUCAGUAGUCCGCAUGUAUCAGAACCAGCUCGCCUUUUUUAA